AUGCGUUUGUUGUACACAAUAUUGUUAAUGGUAAGCAGUUAUGAGUCGAGACAUUUGCGUUUAGGUUCCAUUAGUCACUUCGCAGCUGUACGAAGAAGAUACAGAGAUGUCGGCAGAAGAGUGUAAAGAAGUGGGCUUCAAUAAGGCUACUCUAAAAUGCCCAACAUGCAAGUUGCUACCACAAUAUAACCUGGACUUGAUUGUCAGUGACUGUGAAAAGUGUUGUAUAAAAGAAAGCGAAAAGUCUCAUGAAGUAGGUUGAAUAACUGUCUUAAAGGGAUUAAAAUGGAUAUAAGGAGUAUACCUGACAAUGAAAAUCGUUUUAGAAGUACCCAUCAGCUCAGAUUGAAGUUUGCGAAUGUAACUUACAACGAUUUCCACAAGUAAAUGGUAUGUUUAAAAAGCAAAAACAUUAUCUUUGAAAUAUUUAUGAAGACACUGCUUAGAACGUUCUUUUUCUAUUGACAAUUAAAGCGCAGUAAUACCUUUAGAAUUACUAAAACAAUGCUACGUAGUCGGGUUGUUUUCAAAUUGCGUAUUUUAUUCUAUGUAAAUGUAUUUAAUAUUUUGACUAAAAAGUACGUUACAUUAAUAAUUCACUCUAUACUAAUAAUUUCUAGAAAUUUUUACGUUAAUGCAGUCGCAUUACGUUCUAAUUCUUAAAUAUUAAUUUGAAUAAAACUUGCAGCUUUUGUUAAAACUGAGCUGAGUCAACAAUGGGGUAACAAACUUCGUAUCAGACAUGUUCGCGGAACACUGCCGACCAUCGUGCUGAAAGACGGGGCAGGAAAACCUCAGAAAACGUUGAAUAUCGAGAAAUGGGACACGGAUACUAUAACAGAUUUCCUAAACGACUGGUUGGAAUAG